UUUACCAUUAUGUCUCUUUCCCUUCUUUUUUCUUAACUUUUGCUGGGUACUUACUUAAUGAGUGAAUAGUCUCAUUUAAUUUUCCAAAAAAGUCAGGAGGUAAAUAGUUGUUAAUCCCCUUUAUACACUUGAGAAAACUGAAACACUGAGAAAUUAAGUGAUCAAGCCUGGGGUGAUUUAGCCAGUUAGUGGUGUACCUGGGUUACUGGUUCAGAUAUUCUGAGUUAAGAAUCUGAACUUUACCCAUGCUGCAUGAAUUUGUAGGCCUGUUAUCCUGUUCCCGAGGUCAAAGGCUUUCUUCACAUGUGAGACAGAGGUACUGGUUCAUUUUGGUUUUCAGUAUAUUAGAAAUAGCAGGGUCAUAUUUGUGUUUUAGGAAGAUACUGUGCAUUAACCAAGGAUAAGAAGAAGGAUGGUCACCCUUGCAAUCAUGGAUAUUUAAAAGAGACAGACGGUGUGGAGGGGGAGUUCCCCUCCUCACUCCCCCUUGGUGCUUGACUGCAGGAAUAAUUUGAAAACUGUGGAAUUUUUUUUAAAAUGAAGAGCUUGUAUUUGAUAAGAACUUUAUAGAGCUAUUUGUAAUUUUUUUGAUUAACGUGCCAAACAUUGUAUAAAGAUAUAUAGUUUUAUACUGUUGUCACAAAGAUUUAAAUUAUACACAGAAUCCUAAAAAGGUCAUUUAUUCUCUGUAAUUCUUCCUGAAUAGCACUUUUGUGUCCUGGCUUUUUUAUUUUUAAGAUUAGUCUUAACUGACAAUUCUGAGGCAGUAAGCAGUGUAAAGACAGUUAGGAUGAAUUCUUCCAUCCCUGACUGCACCUCCAAGUGUCACUCCCUGAAACACGCUUUGGACGUCCUUUCUGUGGUGACAAAGGGGAGUGAGAAGCAGAUUAAGGCCUUCCUCUCCAGCCACUGUUGCAACGCUGCCACUGUCAAGGAUGCCUUUGGCAGGAACGCCCUGCACCUGGUCUCCUCCUGUGGGAAGAGGGGUGUGCUGGACUGGCUCAUUGAGAGGGGAGUGGACCCGCUGGUGAAGGACAAGGAGUCAGGGUGGACGGCACUGCACAGAAGCAUUUUUUACGGACACAUCGACUGUGUCUGGUCUCUGUUAAAGCAUGGUGUUAGUCUGUACAUUCAAGAUAAAGAAGGCUUGUCAGCUUUGGAUCUUAUAAUGAAGGAUAGACCUACCCAUGUGGUAUUCAAGAGUACUGAUCCUACAGAUGUCUACACCUGGGGUGAUAAUACAAAUUUUACCCUGGGUCACGGAAGCCAGAACAGCAAACACCAUCCGGAGUUGGUGGAUCUGUUCCCCAGGAGUGGAGUUUCUAUCAAACAGGUGGUGCUUUGUAAAUUUCACUCAGUGUUUCUGUCUCAGAAAGGGCAAGUUUAUACGUGUGGCCACGGUCCUGGAGGUCGAUUAGGUCAUGGAGAUGAACAGACAUGCUUGAUCCCCAGGCUGGUGGAAGGACUGAGUGGCCAUAACUGUUCCCUAGUGGCAGCCGCCGAGGAUCACACUGUCGUACUAACUGAAGAUGGAUGUGUUUACACGUUUGGUCUGAACGUUUUUCAUCAAUUAGGAAUUAUUCCUCCACCUUCCAGCUGUAAUGUACCUAGACAGAUGCAGGGAAAAUAUCUGAAAGGAAGAACAAUCAUUGGGGUGGCAGCCGGCAAGUUUCACACAGUUCUUUGGACUAGAGACGCUGUUUACACUCUGGGACUAAAUGGUGGGCAACUAGGCUACUUACUGGAUCCUAAUGGAGAGAGGUGUGUCACUGCCCCACGCCAAGUCUCUGCCCUUCAUCACAAAGACGUCACUCUGUCCUUGGUCGCUGCCAGCGACGGUGCCACCGUCUGUGUCACCACGAGGGGUGAUGUUUACUUGCUCGCUGACUAUCAGUGCAAAAAGAUGGCUUCUAAACAAUUGAACUUGAAAAAGGUUCUUGUGUCUGGGGGUUAUAUGGAAUACAAAGUCGAUCCUGAACAUUUGAAAGAAAAUGGGGAUCAAAAAAUUUGCAUUCUUGCGAUGGAUGGCGCUGGAAGGGUUUUUUGCUGGAGAUCAGCCAGCAGUUCUCUGAAGCAGUGCCGAUGGGCCUAUCCACGCCAGGUCUUCAUUUCUGAUAUUGCCUUAAAUAGAAAUGAAAUUCUGUUUGUCACACAGGAUGGAGAAGGAUUUAGAGGGAAAUGGUUUGAAGAAAAAAGGAAGAGUUCUGAAAAAAAAGCAGAUAUUUUAUCAAACCUUCAUAAUUCCUCAUCAGAUGCGUCUUGUGUCUCUGAUGUGAAUAGUGUGUAUGAAAGGAUCCGGCUGGAGAGACUUGCUUUUGCCCACAGAGCCGUCAGCAUCAGCACAGACCCGAGUGGGUGCAACUUUGCCAUCCUGCAGUCAGAUCCUAAAACAAGCCUGUAUGAAAUUCCCUGCGUGUCCCCAUCAUCCUUCUUGGAAGAGUUUGGCAAACUGUUGAGGGAAACUGAUGAAAUGGACAGUAUCCACGAUGUGACGUUCCGGGUUGGGAACAGAAUCUUCCCUGCUCAUAAAUACAUUUUGGCAAUGCGUUCCGACUUUUUUCAGAAGUUGUUUCUUUCAGAUGAUGCUAGUUUAGAAUUUACAGAUGUUUACUGGAAAGAUGAAGAUUCUGCAGGAUGCCGCCUCUUUGUGGUAGAGAAGGUUCAUCCUGACUUGUUUGAAUACCUUCUGCAGUUUAUAUACACAGAUACUUGUGACUUUUUAACUCAUGGCUUCAAACCAAGAAUACACUCAAACAGAAAACCAGAAGAAUAUCAAAGCGCUCUGAAUUCUCAUCUGAAUAAAAUGAACUGCUGUGAGGAUGAUAAUCCGAAGUCAGCAUUUGAAGUUUAUAAGAGUAAUCAAGCUCAUACAAUUAGCGAAAAGCAGAAAAGUAAACCUAAAUCUUGUAAAAAGGGAAGAAGUGCUGGGGAAGAUGAUCCUGUAAGAAUGUUGCAAAACGUCGCAAAGAAAUUUGGCUUCAGCGCUUUGAGCAGUAGGUUAGAUGGAGUCAGAUUUGAAAAUGAAAAGAUUAAUGUUACUACCAAGAAAACUGGUAAUAAACUGAAGCUAAAUCGGAAAAAAUGCUCAUUUCUGUGUGAUGUGACCAUGAAGUCAGUGGAUGGAAAGGAGUUCCCCUGUCACAAGUGCGUUCUCUGCGCCAGGCUCGAUUAUUUUCAUAGUAUGCUGAGUAGCUCAUGGAUUGAGGCCUCCAGCUGUGCAGCUCUGGAAAUGCCGAUCCAUUCUGACAUCCUGCAAGUGAUUCUGGACUACCUCUACACUGACGAGGCUCUGGGGGUCAAAGAAUCUCCAAAUGUGGAUUUUAUUUGUAGUGUUCUUGUGGUGGCUGAUCAGCUUCUCAUAACUCGAUUGAAAGAGAUUUGUGAAGUAGCAUUAACUGAAAGACUAACCCUUAAGAAUGCUGCUAUGCUCCUGGAAUUUGCAGUAAUGUAUAAUGCUGAACAAUUGAAAGUAUCUUGUUCACAGUUCAUUGGACUGAACAUGGCAGCUUUACUUGAAGCAAGGUCUCUUGAUGUUUUAAGUGAUGGUGUAUUGAAGGAUCUCUCUAUGUUCUACCGAAAAAUGAUUCCAGCAAUGGAUAGAAGAGUCAUUACACCUUAUCAAGAUGGACCAGAUAUUAGCUAUUUGGAAGUAGAAGAUGGAGACAUCUUUUUAAAAGAAGAAAUAAAUAUAGAACAAAAUUAUUUGGAAACUGUGUUCAAAAAGGCAAAAACAAAAGCUAAAAAGAAGCCACGUAAACGUUCAGAUAGUUCUGGAGGCUAUAACCUUUCAGAUAUUAUUCAGAGUCCACCAUCUUCAGGAUUAUUAAAGUCUGGUAAGACCAAUUCUGUGGACUCUCUUCCAGAGCUCUUGACGUCAGACUCGGAAGGGAGCUGUGCAGGCGUGGGCAGCCCCCGAGACCUGCAGUCCCCCGAUUUCACGGCCCCGUUUCCUGCAGACAAGACCCAGGGGAGAGUUAAACCAUUUGUUAAUGGUACACCUCCCACAGAAUCUAAGGAAGAUUUAAAACCCUGGGAAAAGUCACCAGUGCGCAAAAUAUCUGCUCCACAGCCCAUUCCCAGUAACAGAGUCGACACUACCAGCUCCGCCAGUUGGGUUGCUGGCUCUUUGAGUCCUGUCAGCCCCCCGGUUGUGGAUCUCAGAACCAUCAUGGAGAUAGAAGAAAGCAGACAGAAGCAGGGAGCCACACCAAAGCCAAACUCAGGCAAAAUGAUUUUGCACGGAGUUAAACUUUCUCAGAAGCAACGAAAGAUGAUUGCAUUGACUACCAAAGAAAAUUCAGGAAUGAAUAGCAUGGAAACAGUUUUAACCACUCCUUCAAAAGCUCCCAGACCAGGGAACAUAUGGGCACCUGCUCCACAGUCAGCGUCAUCCAAGUCAUUCCGGGAAUUCCUUCUAGAAGAAAAAAAGUCUGUCACUGGUCAUAGUUCAGGUGAUCAUGUCAAAAAAGUUUGUUUUAAAGGAAUUGAAAAUUCUCAGACUCCAAAAGUUAUAAGAUGCUCUGGCCACGGCAUCCCAGGACCAGAAGGCAGCCACAUUUCAGACUCACCACUUCUAGACAGUCCCAAUCCCUGGCAGUGUUCCUCAGUGAUGGCUCCCUCCAUGGCAGCCCCGGUCACAUUUGCCUCGAUCGUGGAAGAGGAGCUACAGCAGGAGGCAGCUCUGAUCAGAAGUCGGGAAAAGCCCUUGGCUCUGAUUCAGAUUGAGGAACGUGCAAUACAAGAUUUAUUGGUUUUCUAUGAAGCAUUUGGCAACCCUGAUGAGUUUGUCAUUGUUGAAAGGACACCACAGGGACCACUGGCAGUACCUAUGUGGAAUAAGCAUGGAUGCUAGCUCAUCAUGGAGUUGAGAUGCAUUUUCCACAGUUAUGGUUUCUGUAGUAUAAAGAAAUAGCUGUGGAAAGAGUUCUUACAGAUUUGGUAAUGGAUCAUCCUAGAAUAAGAAGGGUUUGAUUUCUUUAAUAUAGUUUACACAUAUAAUGCUUGUAUGAUUAAAAGAUUUUUAGAAUUGUGAUUUUAGUAACUUUUACAUAAAAACGUGUGAGAGGAAAAACUUACUAAGCUGAGGCUAAAUAGAAUCGAUUCUUCUGAAUAAUCUUAGAAAGGAAAAUAGGAGUGAUUGCGUUAUAAAAUUAUGGGCAAUGUAUUAAAAAUAAACUUGAGAAUUUAGAAGAUUUUGCCAA